UAAAAGCCUAAAAUCCCAAAACCCCACUCGUUUCCACUAAGGCUCACGAUCAGGAAGAGUCGCCGAUCGUUACGAUGGGAACCCUUGGAAAAGCUAUCUACACCGUCGGAUUCUGGAUUCGGGAGACCGGCCAGGCCAUUGAUCGUCUCGGUUGCCGUCUCCAAGGAAAUUACUACUUCCUAGAACAAAUAUCUAGGCAUCGGACUCUCAUGAACUUAUUUGACAAAGCGCCAAUUGUCGAUAAGGAUGCAUUUGUGGCUCCAAGUGCUUCUAUCAUUGGAGAUGUUCAAGUGGGACGAGGGUCAUCCAUUUGGUAUGGGUGUGUUUUGAGAGGUGAUGUGAACAGCAUCAGUGUUGGAUCUGGAACUAAUAUACAGGACAACUCCCUUGUGCACGUGGCAAAAUCUAAUCUAAGUGGGAAGGUGUUACCAACUAUCAUUGGGGACAACGUCACUGUAGGUCACAGUGCCGUUUUACAUGGCUGUACCGUUGAGGAUGAGGCCUUUGUUGGGAUGGGAGCAACAUUGCUUGAUGGGUCGGUUGUUGAGAAGCAUGCCAUGGUAGCAGCUGGAGCCCUUGUGAGACAGAACACAAGAAUUCCCUGUGGGGAGGUAUGGGGAGGCAAUCCAGCAAAGUUUCUGAGAAAGCUCACUGAUGAAGAGAUAGCUUUUAUCUCCCAGUCAGCCAUCAAUUAUUCCAACCUUGCACAGGUCCAUGCAGCUGAGAAUGCAAAGCCUUUUGAUGAGAUUGAGUUUGAGAAGGUACUUCGCAAGAAGUUUGCUCGUCGGGAUGAGGACUAUGACUCAAUGCUGGGUGUAGUUCGUGAAACUCCACCAGAACUUAUUCUUCCAGAUAACAUUCUGCCAGAUAAAGCACCAAAAGUUUCUCAGUGAUGGGAAUUUCAUUAGGUAUUUUUUUUCCCAUUUUACCCCUCUUGAGCGUUGGUUUCAAGGAAAAUUCGCUGUUCUGUGCAAAAUUAUGCAGAAGGGAUUGUUUUCUUUCCCAAUAAUGCCAAACUUGUUUUAGGUAGAAUUGCUGUUUUUUCUUUCUGGCGUUUGGCUUUACUCCCUUGCUUUUCAGAAACCAUGUGUUUUUGUUUCAAGAAAAACUAAUGGCACAAAGUAAUAUGUAUGUUGAUGUUUUGCCUCUGUACUUCAGGUACCUGUUUCCUUGAGCUUGUUUACCUGUUUGUUUUUUAAAUAUCAAAUCAUUUCUGGAA